UCGAGGUGAGGGGCGGGGUGUGCGGGCCAGGCUGAGCUGGGGGACCAGGAAGCGGAGCCCUCAGUGCACCUCGGGGCCAGCUCUCAGGAGUCAGCCCACACCUGUCUGGGUGCUGCCGGUUCCCGGCUGGGCUUGAGGCGACGAGGCAGCAGGACAUGGCGGGGACGACGCGGCCUGUGCUGUGGGUGCUCUGUGGGGUCUGGGUGACCGUCACCGCCAUCUCAGUGGAGACGCCGGGGGAAGUCCUGCGGGCUGCCCGAGGCCGGAGCGUCACCCUCCCCUGCACCUACCGCACCUCCGUCCUCGAGCGGAAAGGAUUCAUCCAGUGGGACAAGCUGCUGUGGAGCCACUCGGAAAGGGUGCUCGCCUGGACAUUUUCGACCAAAGACUACAACUACGGUAAACUUUAUGAGAACCGUGUCAACCUGUCGGGCAAUGCCGAGGAGUCCGACGCCUCCAUCAUCAUCAACCAGCUGACCAUGGACGACAACGGCACCUACGAGUGCUCGGUCUCGCUGCUCAAUGACCUGGACGGCAUCUCCAAGGCCCGAGUCCGCCUCCUGGUCCUGGUGCCACCCUCCAAACCCGACUGCAGCAUCCUGGGCGACACCGUGAUUGGGAGCGACAUCCAGCUGACCUGCCAGUCGAAGGAGGGCUCCCCGGCCCCUCAGUACCGCUGGCAGAGCUUCAACCUCCAGAACCAGGAGCGGAAGGGCCUGCCAGGCGCCGGGCACACCCUGACGCUGAAGAACAUCUCCACGGACAUGUCCGGCUACUACGUCUGCACCUCCAGCAACGAGGUGGGGACCGAGUCCUGCAACAUCACCCUGACCGUCAGGCCUCCCUCCAUGAACGUGGCCCUGUACGCGGGCAUCGCGGGCGGCGUGGUGGCGGCCCUCAUCAUCAUAGGCGUCCUGGUCUAUUGCUGCUGCUGCCGGGAGAAGGGCGAGGACGAGGAGACCAGGCCGAAUCGGUCCAUCUACCGGGAGCCUCCAGAGCAGCUGAAGGAACUGCCCAGAGGGCGGGAAGAGGAGGACGACUCCAGGCGCCAAUCCUCUGACUAUGCUGCCCACGUGUGACCGGGGCCUGCUGCAGGGCGGGCAGGGGCAGCGGUUCCGUCCCGGCCCCCACCCUGCUCCAGCCGAUUUCCUGACACCCUGCCCCCCCCGCCCCCCAGCAGCACUGAUGGUGCUUCCUCCCCAUGGCAGCCAGAGGCCCUGGCUUAGCCUGAUGAGCCGAUGCCACCUGCCAAGUAAGCCCUCCCACUGCCAUUCCUGGCUCCCAGGGGCCAGGCCGCAGCCUCCAUCUUCCUGCAGCCGGUGGGACAGCAGGGGCUGCCCGCUGACGAUGUGCGGGGCUGCAU